UUAUCGCAGCGCAGAACAGCUGUUUUACAGAAGCUUUACCGCACUUUACCGCAGAUUUAGCCCGCCUGCGCCGCUCCGCGGGGCUGUACUCUGGUGUAGAGGGGAUACAGAUCCGCCGGUAUGAUUUAUAAGCAGCAGUUCGGGCUGAAAAGCCGCGUUUCAGGAGGUUUUUGUGGGUUAGCCGCUUAGCUAAGCUAACUACAUUUUCACUGCCUCGACAUUCCGCCGCCUCAGACCCAAAAACACCCCAAAAAACAGCCAAAAAAAAACAAAAACACCGAAAAUACCGCAUCUGAUUCGGGCAGGAGACCGACUGGAGGAAAACACUUUAUAAAGGAAAGGAAAUACAGCUUUCCCAACUGAAUAUGCUCGGUCCCAAAAGAAAGAUGCCAGCUCAAGCUGAACCUCAAGUGAAGAAGAAAAAGGUGGAUCAGAGUCCGGCAGCGUCCGAUAAACACGGUCAAACAUCUCAGACGACGACCAAGAGGUCCUUGAGGGCUGGAGUCUCGCAGAGGAAAGGUUCAGCUCAGUCCAGCAAGACGUCUAAAGCUCAUCUGAAGGACGAGAAGGAAAAGCAGCCGCGUCGCUCCUCCAGGCUGAAGAUAGCCCCUAAAAAACUGACUGGUAGGAAAAAGCGGAAGGCAUCGAAUGCAUCUGCUGCACCAAAAGAGCUGGGCUCUAAAGGUGGGAGUAAAGCUUCAGAGAUACCUGGAGAGAAAGUGUGUCAGAGUGAGCCUGUUCUGAAAAAAGGAAGUAGGAAGUACGCUGGAAGAGCAAAGAAAGGUAAAUGCUCAUCUCCCUCGUCUGAAACCGUUAGCACGGUGUCGGCAGCUGUGGAUCCUGUGCGAACGGAGCACAACUACGGUAGACCUCCUGAUAUACAAAGCGAAGAGACGACGAUGCCGGAGAAAAACAGCGUGGUGGACAUCAUCGACGUCACAGACCAAGACCCUCUCCGAGCCUCUGGUGCUAAAACGCUGAGCAAGAUACCGCUUAAUGAGCAUAAAGAACUCCCGCCUGAUCCUAUCGAGAAAAUCACUGUAACUUUAGAUGCUAAGGUGAGUGUGAUGAGAAAGUCCCCGCCACCUCUGCAAGCCCUUUUUAAAGUUAUUCAGGAGACCAGCUUCAAUGGUAAAGAUGUGUCCGACGAGGUCGAGGUGGUUAAUACGUGUUCUGUACAGGAUGCUUCUGUACAGGAUACUACUGUACAGGAUACUACUGUACAGGAUACUACUGUACAGGAUACUACUGUACAGGAUACUGCCCAAGAUACAGAACUGUCUGCUGCUUCCGAAGGAUCUCUGACCUCAGAAACCUUUCUGAAUCUGGACGAUAUUGAGAUUGAACACUGCGUGGUUGAGAUUGAAACUGUGGAGGAAGUAGUUGGCGGGAACCUUGGUGCCUCAUCAGAGAAUUGCAAUGCGCUGCCUUCGCAGGACUUGCAGCAGUUGCAGGAUUUGCAGGAGGCAUUAGCUCUAAAAGAAACCAGCAAAGCUGUCGUGUGCAAAGAGAGCACCUCGACUCCAUCUCUGCCACAGGAUGGCGCUAAGGACUCCUCCACACCGGGUUCUGUUGCACAGGCCAGCGCUGAACCUCCAAAGAAGCAAGCGAUGAAUCCUCAGGCCAGAACCAAGGCCCGAUUAGCAGCUCUGGCUGAGGAGAGAGCAGCUGCUGCUAAGAGGCAGCCCCCCAAGCAGCUCAACCUCUUAGCUCUGUGUGAGGAAAUUGCAGAUGAUAUCGCAUCGGAUGCACCAGCAAAAACUGCAACACCUACAAUAACUACAACAGCAGCAACAACAGCAGCAUUAGCUUCAGAAGAAGAUGCAGUAGAAAGAGUAGAAAAAGUAGUAGUAGAAGGAGAAGAAGAAGAAAAGAAGAACAAGAAAAGUGCUCAAUCUCAAUCUGAAGAGAUCACCCAAAGCAAAAGUGAUGAAGUGGAGGAUGCACCAGUUCCCACUGUUUCCAGUGACCUGCCUUCCACUGCAACCCACGCCGAGGAAACAUCCGAGCCUAAGGUGCAAGAAAACACACCCAAGAAGCGCUUCUUCCUCAGCCAGGUGUCCGUUCCUCUCAAAACCCAGGAGAAGAAGAAGCUGUCGCGUUUCCAGAGACUCAGGCAGGUGGAGCUGCAGAGGGACAAGCUGACGUGGACGCGUGUGAAGAAGCUCAAGUCUGAUCAGGCCAAUCAGGAGCUUGCAAACGAUUCCACGCAGUCUGUGUUGCCCGACUCGUCGUCUGCAUCCAUCACCCCUGUCCAACAACAUCCACCUCCUCAAACUCCUCCUCCUCCACCGCCGCCUCCUGCUGCUCCACAGAUUGUACCUCCAGCUCCAGAGACUCUGCCCAAAAUGAGUUUACGAGAACGCAAGAGAGUUCUGCCCGCUGUGGCACCGCCCAUGCCCAACGGCAUUACCAGCCCCAAGCCCAAACCUGCUGUAGAAUAUAAACCGUACAACCCCAGACCAAAGUACUCGCCCGACGAUUUCGAACUGGACGAACCGGAGGAAACGCCGAGCGCGCCGGCUGCUUCCAAACAGGAGAUCAGAACGGCGCGUCCCGUAUCUCAUUCUGAAGAUCCCUCUAAAACUUCAGCAAAGCAUGCAGGAGCUUUAACCCCUACAGUUGUUCCUACAGGAGGAAACCUGAAACCCUCAAGUCAACCCCAAGCACAAGCGAAUAAAACACCAUCAGAAAAUUCACAACCUAAAAACAGUGGUAGCUGUGACACUGGGUCGGAGGCAGAGCCUCAGAAAGAGACGAAAAGAGACGAAAAAAGUGAAAAGACAGGAAGUACAGGAGAAGAACAAACCAGCACGGAGAAAAGCCCGAGUACGUUCGGAGCCGUGACCUGUAACGUGUGCGGGAUGCUGUACUCUCCUUCAGCCACAGAGGAUGAGACCCAGCACCUGCUCUUCCACAACCAGUUCAUCAGUGCUGUCAGAUACGUGGGCUGGAAGAAGGAGAGGAUUUUAGGGGAGUAUCCUGACGGCAAGAUUAUACUUGUUCUCCCGGAAGACCCGAAGUACGCACUGAAAAAGGUGGAGGAGAUUAGAGAGAUGGUGGAUAAUGACCUGGGCUUCCAGCAAGUACAGACUAAUGUCCCCUCCCAGACCAAAACUUUCCUCUUCAUUUCUAAUGAUAAGAAGGUGGCUGGGUGUCUCAUUGCUGAGCACAUUCAGGAGGGCUACAGGGUAAUAGAGGAGGCGGUGCCGGAGGGCUCAGAGGGGGAGAAGGUGAUGUUCGAGCGGCAGAGAGCCUGGUGCUGCUCCACCGUUCCAGAACCUGCAGUCUGCGGGAUCAGUCGCAUCUGGGUCUUCAGUAUGAUGAGACGGAGAGGCAUCGCCUCACGAAUGAUAGAGUGCCUCAGGAAUAAUUUUAUCUACGGGUCGCACCUGAGCAAAGAUGAGAUUGCUUUCUCCGACCCCACGCCCGACGGCAAGCUGUUCGCCACUCAUUACUGCGGCACCUCGCAGUUCCUGGUCUAUAACUUCGUCAGUGGGACGCGCCCGACCUGACAAACGCCCAAAACAGACGAGACACUCCUGUAGAGUCCCACAGAAAUCCUGCAGCCGGGUUCAAUAGAGCCAGAAUCACACCUGAGCGUAAAACAGAGCCAAAAACAGGAGAAGAACCGCACCAGAACCGAAAGAGAACGGACAGUUUUACAGGCUUUUACUGUUAAGAGGCACGGACCCGUAUUUAACAGACUUCUUCUUAAAAUAAGAACGUUGAUCUGAGAUCAGCUCUUACAUUUCAUAUCCUAAUGGAUAUAGUUGUAUAAAGAGGAGGGCGGGGCUAAUCCUAGAUUGGAAGUAUGAUAUGCCAAGCAGGUACCAUGUUGUAUUUUUAUUUUAUUUUAUUUUAUUUACAUUUAUUUUCUGUUUUUUCCCUUUUUUAAGUUGUUAAGUGAUGAAAUUAUAUUCUAAAUUCUAUUCUCUGUUCAGAGGGAAGAAACGCAGGUAUGCAAUUAUCAAUUAUCCAUCAAUUAUGCAUCAAUUAUGAAUCAAAUAUGAAUCAAUUAUCCUUUCAACCCCAUCAUCAAGACCAAUUAAUUGACAAUGAAAUUUACACUUAAUACAUUGAAUAAAUUGAAUAACACUCCACUACAAUAGCAUUUUAUUUUAUUUCACUGGAAAUCAUGUGCACUGUUCUCAGGUUUAGUUUAAAGCCUGUUUUUGGACCUUCUAUGUCUAACUGGAGCCAUUUUAUCCAGAGCACAGUUAUAAAAUGAAAUGUUUGCUGAUCCUCUAUAAAAGAAAACGGUGGUAAAAAGACGUAAACUGUAAACUGUACUAGUGCUACUACUGCUGUGAGGCACCGUUCCAAAAACACGAGAACAAGACUUGUUUUUAAUCUCAGGAUAAAGAACAUCAAUGUUUUCUUUGGGGCUACAUUUAUCCGAGCAUUUUAAGCAUCUGUUAAACAUGUUUUCACAUGAAA